AUGACGUUUUUAAAACUGUGUGCUGCACAACCACCAGCAUUGUAUCGACAAUACGCUGGUAGAGCAUUCAAAUCACGGUUCCGUUACACCAAUGGAUUCGCAUCGCAAUUGGGACGAAACCAAUCCUCGACACCCCUGCUGCGUACUGCACAACGACCACAACCUACUCAACUCACCAAGUCCAUACAUCCAAAGUCACUACAGCCUAGCUUCGGAGUCGCAACAGCAACAGUGCCACAAGAUGCGCCAUCAAAACCGCUUCCAAGCUAUGUACCACCAACUACCGGUAUCUUGUCGUAUCUGCCACAGAAAUUCGUCCCAUAUGGCGAAUUGAUGAGACUAGACAAGCCUGCUGGAACCUACUAUCUCUUCUUUCCGUGCAUGUUCAGCACACUCCUUGCUGCCACCAUGGCCAUGCCUGUUGCCGCGCCUUCCGCAGUCCUAGGAACGACAGUCCUCUUCUUCACUGGUGCACUCAUCAUGAGAGGAGCUGGAUGUACCAUCAACGAUCUCUGGGACCGUAAUCUCGAUCCACAUGUUGAACGAACGAGAUUACGACCAAUCGCUAGGCGAGCCAUUACUCCUCUGCAAGCUCUUGUCUUCCUUGGUGGACAGCUUACGACCGGUCUUGCUGUGCUUCUUUCUUUUCCAGCUGAAUGCUUCUGGUACGCUACGCCGUCACUUAUACUCGUUACUCUCUAUCCUUUGGCAAAGCGAGUCACGUAUUAUCCACAGUUCGUCCUGGGUCUUACGUUCUCCUGGGGUGCCAUGCUGGGCUUUCCUGCGUUGGGUAUCGAUUUGCUUGCGAACCAAGCGGCUUUGAUCGCAGCUACAUGUUUAUAUGCUAGCAAUGUUGCAUGGACCGUUCUCUACGAUAUGAUAUAUGCCCAUAUGGAUAUCAAAGAUGAUUUCAAGGCUGGCAUUAAGAGCAUCGCGCUCAAGCAUGAGAAGGAAACGAAGCAAGUACUCUCGGGCCUCGCUGUUGUUCAGCUUGGUCUGUUAUCCGCCAUGGGAGUUGCAGCAGGACUCGGGCCAAUCUUUUUCGUUGGCUCAGUUGGUGGUGCAGCCCUCACACUGGGCACUAUGAUUCGCCGAGUCAAGCUGAAAGAGGUUAAGAAUUGCUGGUGGUGGUUUGUCAAUGGCGCAUGGUUCACAGGGGGUGCCAUCAGUCUGGGUCUCGCAGGAGAAUAUGUCGCGCAUCUGCUUGGUUGGUAUGAGGAUGUUGAGAAAAAGGAGGCAGGCAAGAUGCAUAUUAGUGUCUAA